AAUAUAUAAAUAGGACAGACUUGAGCAUUGUUCAUUAAGCGACGAGUUCUCUGGGAUAACAGUGCAAGCUUAUUGAACAAUCUCAUCUAGAACUCACAUAGCCAUCAUGAAGAACACCCAAGUUUUCACGGUGCUCUCCAGGAUGUUCACCUUCUUGAGCAUGCUAUUUAUGCUUGUAAAGCCCUCAGCAGCUAUGAUGGGCAUGGGAGGAAUGGGCAUGGGUGGAAUGGGAGGUAUGAUGAGUGGGAUGGGAGGAAUGGGCAUGGGAGGGAGUAGUAUGAUGGGCAUGGGAGGGAGUAGUAUGAUGGGCAUGGGAGGGAGUAGUAUGAUGGGCAUGGGAGGGAGUAGUAUGAUGGGCAUGGGAGGAAUGGGCAUGGGAGGAAUGGGAGGUAUGAUGAGUGGUAUGGGAGGAAUGGGCAUGGGAGGAAUGGGCAUGGGAGGAAUGGGUAUGAAUGGAAUGGGUAUGGGCAUGGGAGGAAUGGGUAUGAAUGGAAUGGGUAUGGGCAUGGGUGGUAUGGGCAUGGGUGGAAUGGGUAUGGGUGGAAUGGGAGGUAUGAUGAAUGGAAUGGGCAUGAGAGGAAUGGGUAUGAAUGGAAUGGGUAUGGGCAUGGGAGGAAUGGGUAUGAAUGGAAUGGGUAUGGGCAUGGGUGGUAUGGGCAUGGGUGGAAUGGGUAUGGGUGGAUUGGGAAUGGGAGGAAUGGGUAUGGGAAGUAUGAUGGGAAUGGGUGGAAUGCUUGGAUCCCAUUCUCUGGGUAAUGUGAAUCAAAUGAUGAUGAUGAUGGGUAUGGAUCCAUUUGGUAUGAUGCUUAGGUAUCCAGUACUAUAUGCAGUCUCUGUGAAGAUGAUGGGUGGCUGCUUCUUCAAGGCACUGAUUUUGGCACUCACCAUGAAGAUGUUCAGAGUGGCAAUCAUGCCACUUAUGAUGUUGAGUAAUAUGUUAGGAAUGGGAAACCUGCUAGGUGGCUUAGGAUUGGGCGGAGGAAUGGGCAUGGGCAUGGGUAGUAUGAUGAGUGGCAUGGGUGGUAUGGGUGGUAUGAUGGGUGGCAUGGGGCUUCGUAUGAAGAGGGCGAUCGAGCAGAGAAUCCACUAACUCCAGCCAACCGACAUCACAUCAAAGAGCAUCGAUCAUCAUGUAGCAUUUUUCAAUUGAACGGAAAGUUGUUGAUCUAAUCCAGUAGAACCAGUAACCAUAAAUACUGUAAAUCUGUAACGUAAAUGUUCACUGGCUAUUUGGCCUAGUACUUGAAUAAAUGAUUAUUGCAUUACUAUUGCAUUAAUCAUCAUGCAAUAUUUUGUCAAUUGAGAGCGAAAUCAUUGAUCCAAUCGAGUACACUCACCAGUAUUGAUUAAGAUAAUUUGUAACAUAUUAAGUUUGAAGCUCACUGGUUAUCGCAAAUAUCAAUUGAAUAAAUUAUUAUUGUAUCUAUUCCCACUUUGUUACAUUUGAAUAGCUGAUGACUAGAUGAUACUAAACAUUGGAAUAUUUUGCUCAGAAAAUGUGUUCAACGAUGUUUUAAAGAAAAGUAACACCAUUGAAGAUACACAUCAAUUUCAUAGAGUGUAUCUUUAUAGUUAUCAGGAUAGAUUAUGGUAUUGGCUAGGACAAGUAGAUAACAUGAACUCAAACUGGAAGAAGAAUCUAGGAAGUAGAAACUUCAUAACUUAUUUGACUCAAUGAGUUUCAACAUUGUGAAGAAAUAUAAUAAGCAAUAGAACGAAAGAAAAACCAGAUUGAUAAGCUUUCUUUAAAACAUUUGUGAUUCGGAUCAGAUUUCCGAAAAUGUACUUCAUACUCCCAAUAUACAUACUUAUGAAAAGGAUUGAACAGCAGAUUCAAAUUCCUCCACGUGUAUGAUAACAUUUAUGUAAUAUGAUAUCGUAAUUAUAAAUAAUGCAUGUUCCAAGGAGAAAGCGAACCGUAAGUUCCAUUAUUUGUAUUGAAUAACAUCGAAUAAAAACUGUGUUUCGAUAA